UGGUGUGCGGAAGAGAGAAGGGAGAUGAGGGAAGGCUGUGUUCUGGAUUGUUAGCUUCAGAGAGAAAGUUCUAGAGAGAGAGAGUGAGAGAAGAGAGAAGGAAACGAUGUACGCAGAACCAGGCUUCCUCCUCCCUUACUUCCACAGCUUCCCCACCGACUACCAGCAAAUCGAAGAGAUGUGCAGGUUUCAUAACCAAACUGCGACGAUUUCCACCAUAUUCGAGUACGAUCUUGGCGAUGAAGGGGACCUGUUCAAGGCGCCCGAGCCCAUCAUAGAGGAGUCGACUCUGCCCCUCGACCCCGUCACCACUGCCGCCAUCUCCCUCAUCUCCGGCGACCCCGCAGAUGACGUCCUUGCUAGCCAGGCCCUGGAGGUCGUCGCCACCCAGCUGGAGCCCAUCCAUGGCGACGGACCCCUCAUGGCCGAUGCCUUCUACGAGGUCAAGAAGGACCUUAUCGAGAAGUCGGCGAUCGACGAGGACUUCCUGGUGAUCCCGCAGCCCACGAUCCCGGAGACGAAAAUCCCGGCGCUCGACGCGGAGGAUGACGAGGCGGCCACUAACUUGCAGAAGAGCGUGAGCUCCGGGUGCUUGACCUCCAUGGAAUGGGUGAACAAUGCAGGGCCGAUGCGACCGGCUUUUCUCGAUUUUCAGCGGCUCAAUUUGGAGGAUGCGUUUGGAAUGAGGAGGGCUUUCAGCGAGGGAGAUAUUCAGACACUUGGAAAUGGUAAGGCAGGGCUUCUUUCUGCACCAUGCGAGCGGCCACUGACAAUUGGCAAUUAUACGAUCGAGGAACGUAAACAGCGGCUCCAUAGGUACAGAAAUAAGAAGACAAAGAGGAACUUCAACCGAAAGAUCAAGUAUGCUUGCAGGAAAGCUCUAGCGGAUAGUCAGCCAAGAAUUCGAGGACGAUUUGCAAAGACAGAGGACUCGGAGUCGUCAAAGGCAUCUUCGUCUGCCUCCGGGACCAAGUCUACUUAGAAUCAUCGCCUAUUGCUCUUGUCUACCGCCUUGAACUAGAAGAUCUAUCUCUAGAAUCUUUGUAGCGGUCUCUCGGAUGGUUCAGAUUCAGUUCAUGGAUUUGAACCGGUAUUGUAAAUAAGGUUCUAAUAAAGCGGAAGCUGAAAUCUGAUGAGACCUUCCACUCAA